AUGCAAAAAGCUGCUUUUAGCAAACCUACUGCUCUAAAAACUCAACCUAAAAUGGGUUUCGAUGUUCUCUAUGAAUUCAAGAAGCGAACUAUGGAGAGAGUAGACGCUGCCUAGAAAAAUAUUAAAUGGUUACCUCUUAAAGAUCCAAAGAAGGAAGUCCUAAAUUAAAUGAAGGGUAUCAUCAAUGACAUGGCAAAUUUGAUUACCGAUCAAUCUUUUAUUGAAUUGGUUGACACUUUCAAGAAAGACAUUGGCUACAGAGAUCCGUUAUUCGAUGAAACAUAAAGACUUGGAAUUAUCAAGUAAGAGAAUGUCUCUAUCCUAAGAGAUUAAUUCUAAUAUCAACUAAAUAAAGUCAAGUUAGAGCAAAAACUUCACAACUAGGAAAAUUUAGAGGCACUAGCCAAACUUGGAACUAAAAUUGAGAUACUGAAGAAUUAAGAAGGAAGCUAGAGUUCUGAAAUUCAUAAAGAUGUCUCCUCCAUUAAGGAUUAAACCUCAUACAUGAUGUCUUAAAUUGAUUAAAUCAAGAAUAUGUUGCAAAACCAAGAAUUAAAACAUAGAUUGACAUUUAAAAUUACAAAAGAUGCAAUAGAGAGAUCUUAAUCAAUAACAGCAGCACAUUAGUUUGAAGAAGUAAAAGAUUAGUCAAAGUAAGAUGAAUCAGUUCUAAAUGAUUUGAAAGUUGAAAGAGUCACACAAAUUCUUAAUGAAGUAAUAUAGUAGCAUGGGGAGUAAGCCUCCACCUAUCUAAAUCUGAAAGAGUUACUUGUAUUCCUACAGUCUAACAAUAGUGAAUUGGUAGAUCAGCGAUCUUUUAACUUUACAUAUUCUCAAGCAGAUUUAGGUACAUUUAAAAGAAGAUCUAGCUUUGAUGAAAGCAGAAUUGAUAGUGAUGAAGAUGAUGCCUUUUAGAUAGCUAAACAAGAUUCUAUUGAUCGUUCAGAAUCUGGUUAAGACACAGGAAAACAUAGUUCUGGCAGUCAUAGUUUUAGAGUAUUUGAAACUAGAAACUCAUUCCUUCAGUAAACUGCUAAAAACUCAAAUUUUGAUUCAGUUAUAUAGUAAAAUUGCCUAUUCUAAAACUCAGACAAAAAUAUUAUCAUUGGAUUGAAUCAAAGUUGGUCAAAAGUUUAAUAAAUUGAUGACGGUGAUACAUUCAAAAAACUAGAACUUGGAGCAAGUCUCAUAUCAAUGUUCAAAGUAUAAAACUAUUUAAUUUGUGGACUCUCUAAUUCAGAGUUGAAGAUUUUGAACAGUGAUCAAUAUGAAUAGGUUGCUGUAGUAAAACUAAAUUGUAGAGCAAACAAAUACUUAGCAUAGCAUGUUCCUGCUCUAGGCAGCUGCUUGUUUGUCUUUUGUGAAAAUGGCUUUAUUGAAAUAAUUUCGAUUCAAGAUUUCAAGUUGAUUUAAACAAUCUAACAUAAAAGCAAGUUAAGUAUUUCAGAUGCUCAAAGAACUUAAAAUCAAGAUGAAUAUAUGCUUUCAUUUGCCUAGUAGGAAAAAGGAACCUUCACUAAUGGAAUGCUCGCUGCCAUAAAGAUCAAACCAAAGCAAAUAUCUAGCUAUGAAUUUGAUGGAGAAUUUUAAUUCCAGUAUGAGGAGGUAGCUAAUAGUGAAAAAGUAUUCUUAAAAGAUGGGAAGCCACAGCCAGUUUUUUGUUUCUAGGAAAUAAUACCUGACAUUUAUCUUGUAUGUACCACUGAAAAGUACUUCAAAUACUACGAUAGAAGAUCCAAACAAAUAGAUUCAUCAAAAGACAUUUUUAAUCCAAGUGAAGCAAUCAAUUAUAACUGCCUCCAAAAAGUUGCAUUUUUCUCUAACAAACAUCCUUAUUUAAUCUAUAAGGACUCAAGAAGCAUUGGCUUUAUAAAUUGUGUCACUAAUGAGAUACAAAAACUCUUUGAUUGCACAUACAAAAGAGGAGGCAACCUUCAUUCAAUGAUUUAAGAGGCACAAUCUGAAGACACUCUCGAAAUAGUAAGUUUGAUAUACAAGCCAAAGGAUAAUUUAGGGCCAGAAGAAAGAAAGUUUGGACAUUAUUCCAUCACCUUUGAGUGA